CCCGCGUGCUCGUCCAUUUAGAGGGUCCAGCUGCAAGUGGACACACACACACACGCGCACAAACAGACGGGCACACACGCACGCGCACCCACGGAAACACCGGCACCAUGGCUGAAGGGGUCGUCAGCUUCUUAAAGGACUUCCUGGCGGGUGGAGUGGCAGCAGCUAUCUCCAAAACUGCCGUGGCGCCCAUCGAGAGGGUCAAACUGCUGCUGCAGGUCCAGCAUGCCAGCAAACAGAUCACAGCCGAGAUGCAGUACAAAGGCAUCAUGGACUGUGUGGUGAGGAUUCCCAAGGAGCAAGGCUUCCUGAGUUUCUGGCGUGGCAACCUGGCCAACGUGAUCAGGUACUUCCCGACUCAGGCUCUCAACUUCGCCUUCAAGGACAAGUACAAAAAGCUGUUCCUCGGCGGCGUUGACAAGCACACUCAGUUCUGGCGCUACUUCGCUGGCAACCUGGCAUCCGGUGGCGCCGCCGGUGCCACGUCACUCUGCUUUGUGUAUCCACUGGACUUCGCUAGGACCAGGCUGGCUGCCGAUAUCGGCAAAGGUGCUGCUGAGAGAGAGUUCACCGGCCUGGGCAACUGCCUUACCAAGAUCUUCAAGUCAGAUGGCAUCCGGGGGCUCUACCUCGGUUUUAAUGUGUCUGUCCAGGGGAUCAUUAUCUACAGAGCUGCCUACUUCGGGAUCUACGACACUGCUAAAGGCAUGCUCCCAGACCCUAAGAACACACACAUCAUCAUCAGCUGGAUGAUUGCCCAGACGGUCACUGCUGUUUCUGGUAUCAUCUCCUAUCCUUUCGACACGGUCAGACGUCGUAUGAUGAUGCAGUCAGGUCGCAAAGGAGCCGACAUCAUGUACAAGGGCACAGUGGACUGCUGGAAGAAGAUCACCAAGGAUGAAGGACCUAAGGCUUUCUUUAAGGGCGCCUGGUCGAAUGUGAUCAGAGGAAUGGGUGGUGCUUUCGUGCUUGUGCUCUACGACGAGAUCAAGAAGUACACAUAAAUGUCGGCGGCUCCAGAUCCACCUUACCGAAUGGAGACCCCGCGAUACUGUGAAUGUCUUAAAUCAGGCUAGGUGUGUGUGAGAGUGUGCCGAGUGUCCGAGAGCGAGAGGAAGCAGCCACUUCAUCAUCCGCUCCGAAACCUGUGUAAAUAUGUUUAACCCCAAACCCACCCACAUCUCAGAUUACGACUGUCCUCUCAGGUCUGAUUGUUCUCGGAAUCCUCUGCGGCUGGUGGGCCCUGUUAACGGAGUCUGGUGCCUGUACACCGGAAAAGUCAUCAGGUCUUGUGUUCUUUUAAUAAAAAUAAACUUGAAAAUACUGA